CUGCUGUUGACAGGGCUACAUGGCUUGUGAGCACGUACACCGCCUCUCUCAUUCAGAUGUUUUCACCUCUAUUCAGCUCCAUCUCUCUACACCUGCUGGUCUGAGGGGAGCAGACUGACAGAUUGGUUGGAUAUAUAAGAGCAGGACACUGUAGUUUGGGGAAGUUGACUGACUGACUGACUCAAAAACUCAUCUAGUGCAGUCAAACACAGCUCGCUCCGUUCAUUUUCCCUUUGCAGGUUUUCUCAAACUACGCACCUCCAUGUGUAAGGGGCUCUCCUCCCUGCCCUCCUCAUGCCUGGAGAAGGCAAAAGAGAUGCGGGUGAAGCUAAGCCAUCUGGCAGAGACGCACCACAAGCACCACAAGGUUCAGGAUGGAAAAGCUUUUCAGGACCUGGAAACUCUGCUGAACACCAAAAGUGGUCUGCAGGCAUUUCGUGGGUUCCUGCGUUCGGAGUUCAGCGAGGAGAACCUCAUGUUCUGGCUGGCCUGUGAGGACUACAGGGUUUCUCCUUCAAAGACCAAGGCCAGCAGCAUCUACAGCCAGUUUAUCAACCCUGACGCCCCACAGGAGGUAAACUUGGACGCUGAGACUCGGGAGGCUGUGUUGAGUGUGGUGGACUCUCUGUGUGCCGACACAUUCGACAAGGCCCAGAAGAGGAUCUACAGUUUGAUGGCCAAAGACUCCUUCCCACGGUUCCUGCGCUCCCCUCAAUGCAUGGAGGCCAUUAAGGCUUUCUAGACACACGCUGCGUAUUACGACAGUCAUGCUUUAGAUAGAAGUGCUGAUGAAUCUUGUAUUUUAACAGCUAGCUUGUUUCGUGAUCGUUCUCUACAUGGUAGUGCUGUCCUCAUCGUGCACUGUAUGCAUGCUGUUAUUGUACUGGCACUGAGUUGCAGACAUUGUUAAAAAGACUUGCAUAGAAACCUCAAGUAUUAAGCCUACGUAGAUGAUUGUGCCUCUGGAGUAAAUAAGCUACAAGUGACAUCCACAAAGGAUUUAAAUAAAUACCUCAUAAAAGGGAGGAUGUGGUGUUUAAUGGCAGCAAUGA